GGAGUCAUAUAUUCAUCUACAGUGACUUUGUUAGUGCUCAUAUCGUCUACGUUCAGAGAAGAAGAACGCAGGAAACAUGCCUCAAACAGCGGCAUUCAUCGGUGGGAUUCAGAAGAUGACUCUGUAUGAAACCAGAGCAAGGUAUUUUUUAGUUGGCAGCAAUCAGGCGCAGACCAAGCACCGGGUUCUGAAGAUCGACCGGACUGAACCCAAGGACCUGGUGAUAAUAGACGACAAGCAUGUGUAUAACCAACAAGAAGUGCGAGAGUUGCUGAGCCGCUUGGAUUUAGGCAACCGCACCAAGAUUGGCCAAAAAGGCUCUUCUGGCCUGUCCAGAUCUGUCGGUGCCUUUGGCAUUGUGGGGUUCGUGCGCUUUCUCGAGGGGUAUUACAUCGUUCUCAUCACCAAGCGCAGAAAAAUGGCCGACAUUGGCGGACACUCCAUCUACAAAAUUGAAGACACAACCAUGAUCUACAUCCCGAAUGACUCUGUUAGAGUUACGCACUCAGAUGAAGCGAGAUAUGUGCGGAUUUUCCAGAAUGUGGACCUUUCCAGUAACUUCUAUUUCAGCUACAGCUAUGACCUGAGUCACUCGCUGCAGUACAAUCUGACUUUACUGCAGAGGCCUUAUGAGCAGUGGCUGUCGGAGGCUUCUUCUGCAGAGGACAAGGUUCACGCACAGAGCAAGCAGGACAGCUUUGACAUCUUUGAGGAUGAGGGUUUGCCUACACAAGUGGUUUACGGCCUCCGGAACGAGCCGUACUACAAGUACGUGUGGAACGGGAAGCUGCUGGAGCGAGUCAAGGACACGGUGCAUCCGGACUGGCUCAUGUAUAUAAUCCACGGCUUCUGCGGCCAGUCCAAGCUGCUGAUUUACGGUCGACCGGUUCAUAUUACCCUCAUUGCCAGGCGCUCCAGUAGAUUCGCCGGGACCCGCUUCCUGAAAAGAGGGGCCAACUGCGAGGGCGAUGUAGCCAAUGAGGUGGAGACGGAGCAGAUCGUCCACGAUUCUUCGGUCACGUCUUUCACAGCGGGAAGUUACUCCUCGUACGUCCAGGUCCGAGGUUCUGUUCCACUUUACUGGUCUCAAGACAUCUCCACCAUGAUGCCCAAACCUCCAAUAAGAUUGGACCAAGCUGACCCAUACGCUCAUGUAGCCGGCUUACAUUUCGACCAGAUGCUGCAGCGGUUUGGAUCUCCCAUCAUCAUCCUGAACCUGGUCAAGAAACGAGAAAAAAGAAAACAUGAGAAGAUUCUGAGUGAAGACCUCUACCCAGCUGUCUUCAACCUUAACCAGUUCCUCCCUCCAGAGCACUGCAUUGAGUACAUUGCGUGGGACAUGGCCCGCUACACCAAAAGUAAGUUAUGUAACGUCCUGGACCGCUUGAGUAUGAUCGCAGAAAACGUGGUCAAAAGGACGGGCUUCUUUAUAAACCGCUCUGACUUCUACUGUCAUACCAUCCGACCUGAUGACAGACUGGUGUCUUAAGGACCAACUGUGUCGAUUGUUUGGACCGGACCAACACAGCCCAGUUCAUGGUGGGGAAAUGUGCUCUGGCUUAUCAACUCUACGCUCUGGGAAUGAUCGACAAGCCCAGGCUACAGUUUGAUACCGACUGUGUGAGGUUGUUUGAGGAGCUCUACGAGGACCAUGGAGACACUUUAUCGUUACAGUAUGGCGGCUCUCAGCUGGUUCACAGGGUAAAGACGUACCGCAAGAUCGCUCCGUGGACGCAGCACUCCAAAGACAUCAUGCAGACGCUGUCACGGUACUACAGUAACGCUUUUUCAGAUGCCGACCGACAAGAUGCCAUCAACUUGUUUCUUCAAGUUUACCAACCAUCCGAGGGUAAAGCUCACCUGUGGGAGCUGCCCACAGACUUCUACCUGCAUCAGAAAAGCACUCUGUCCCUCCCCUAUGACAGACGCAGCUACACACUGUGGUGGACACAAGGAAUCCUGUCCUACCUUCCUGUUCCCUCUGAUGAAGCUGCCUGUGAGGACACAAUGAAGAAGGUCAAAGUAAAGAGAGUGAACCGCUUUGAUGAAAGCAUCGACAUCUACACAGAGUUUUACAGACCCUACGAGCUCACGCUGUUCGAUGACACAUUUUCCAUCAUCAUGUCCAACGCUGGAAGGGAACUCAUGCCCAAGUCUGUGGGAGUGGAUCCAAGCCCAUUUACAGUUCGUAAACCAGAGGAAACGGGGAAAUCUGUGCUGGGCAAGAGCAACAAGGAGGAAGCCGUGCUCCAAAGGAAGACAGCAGCGAGCGCUCCGCCUCCCCCAAGCGAAGAGGCCAUUUCGACUACAUCAGAAGAUGACUCUGAGGAAGACCGGGAUGAUGAAGGCUCUGUGUCACAACGCUCCACCCCCAUUAAACUGCUGACCGAGUCUGGGGAAAGCAGCCGCACACGGGAGGAGAUUCAGCAGCAGCAGAACGUGAAGGAGCCUUAUGGACUCGAUCUGUCCGAACUUCCAGCUGAGAAAGAUGUGCUCAUUUAUAAAAGGUUUGCACAUCUGGGGGAGAACCAACACAUGGUGGAAAGGAGUGAGCGUAUCAACCUGGCAAAUAUCCUUUACCUAGAACCGGUGUCUCAGUUCCCAGAAGACAGCAUCUAUGGCGUUUGUCCUCCACAGGUGGACAGAGACAGUCGCGAGGUGUUUGAGAGUCAUGUGAUGACCGGUCGGGGCCAUGUGAGGGCGCUGUGCAGAGAGGACAUGCUAAUGUACAGGGAGUAUGUCAAGAACAGAUACAUGUAGGUUUUUGUGAUAAAAGAAUCGAAAGAAACAUUUUGGUUUUUAUUUUGCAAAUGUAAUAAGUAAUUGUUGCUUUUUUGUUUGUACAAUUUUGGUUACAGCUUGUGUGCAAUUUUCUAUUUUGUUCAUUUUUAUUCAAGAAGGAGUUGAAGAAAAGCAUCUUUAAAUAAAUAAAGAACAGCCUUUUCUGUGAGUUUUGAUUGUA